UCACCUUUCUACUCAUCAAACUACAAUAUCUGCAAGAGGUCGUCAGACUACUCGUCGAACUGCUGCUUCUAAUAAUGGUGAAAAAGAAAGGCGUGAUGAAAAGUUAAUCACUUGGAUCGUGAUGGAUUUACAACCUUUUACAGUGGUUGAGGAGGAGAGCUUUAAAAUGCUUAUUCGCUGUCUUAAUUCUAGUUAUACUAUGCCUACAGGCCAAGCAAUAAAAGAUUGGAUUUUCAAUGAAUUUAAAAAUCGUCGCGCUAAAAUUAUUACUGAAAUCGUCCAAAUUCCUGGAAAAUUCUCCCUUAGCGCUGAAACUUGGUCUUCUUCUGAUUGUGAAGAUUAUAUGGGUAUUAUGAUUCAUUAUGUAGACUCUAAUUGGAAACUUCAUCAUUACCUAUUAGACGUAAUUCCAUUUACAACUGAAUUAACUUAUAUUAUUCCAAACAUCUUAACUGAGCUUAAAAUAAACAAACAACCUCUCGCUCUUACUACCGAUGAUGAAUCAGAAAUAAUCAGUAAUAAAUAUUUCGAAGAAUACCAAAAACAACUUAAAAAGACGGGUUUUCCUCAUUACAAAUGUGCUGCUCGUGUACUUAAUGUUGCUGCUAAACAUGUUUUAGAUGUUGUUGAUGCUUCUGUUGAAAAAGCGCGCUUGUUGAUGACUAAACUGGCUUUUAGUGAUGACAAAUUACAAAAUGAAUUACGUGUAUUAUGUGAAAGAAAAGGUGUUCCGUAUGUGGAUCCAGAGAUAGACAUAAUAAAUAAAUGGAAAAGUACCUAUUAUAUGUUAUCCAAUUUACAGAAAAUGGAUUCAGCAAUUAUUUUACUUGCCGAUAAUCAUCAUUCAAUUAAAGAGAGAUAUUUGGAUACUGCUGAUCAAGAAAAAUUGCGAGAAAUUCUAACCAUCUUGGCUCCAGUCGAAACUGCCACCAAGAUCCUUUCUGAAACUUCUUAUCCAGGACAUGGUGACAUACGUUUCAUAUUUUCAGGCCUUCAAAAAUUUCUUGCUAAUUACAUUGGACAAAAUGAUUCCACUCAAAGCCUUGCUGCUUCUUUGAUUUACCAAAAAAUCGAAGAAUAUUGGUCAACUAUGGAUACCUCUUCUAUGAUUUCUGCGGUCCUCGAUCCUCGUGCUAAACUUUGGACAUUUGAUCAUCCUGAAAGAGGCGAAAGAGCUCGUGAUGCUGUGCAAGGGAUUUUAGACCAAUAUAUUAAUCCACAAACCUUUGUCAACAGUGAUGAAAAUGAGAUUCAAGCCAUACGUCAAUAUUUUUUAAAUCUAUGUAAUCCACAAUUAGCAACUACGUCUAAAGAAAUGGCUAUGAAAGAAUUGGAUUCUUAUCUCGGAAUGAAACUUUCAGAUCAAAAUAUUAAUCCGUUAACUUGGUGGCAAACCUAUCAAACCGAGUUCCCGGUUCUUUCCAGGAUAGCACGUGAUUAUCACACUAUUCAAGCAUCUAGUAUCGCUUGUGGGUAUGCAUUUUCGGCGGAUGAGGUUGAUUUAUUAAUAUCACGUAGUCUCCUCCCUUCAGAGGUAGUAAGAGAGCAUUUAUGUGUUAGAAGUUGGAUUGCUGACGAAAGAGGGGAUAAAGAAUGA